AUGCCCCUUCCCCCCCCCCGUGAAUUUCCUGUCAUCACCCUCUCUUUUUGUUUCUGCUUUAGAGUAGCACCUCACUGGCGCUCUUCAUCAAUACCUCAUCUUGCCACAGCACUGCGCGAAGGCCCGGCGCCCCCUCUGAUUUAUCUCCCUAGCUUCAAGAAACACGUUCCAUCAACCCUCGGCCUGUUGCCAUCUGACCCAGUCUUGACAGCUUCCACGUUCUGCUCGCGCCCUGCGUGCUCGACUGCGAGCAUGCGGCUGCGCCAGGAAAUCCGACCCCCUCAGCGCCUGGAAGACGAGCUGGCCUCUUCCUCGCCCAUUUCAAAUCGUUCUUAUCGUUUUCAUCACGCGCUUCGCCCCAGACACCAACCUCUUCCAAUCUCUUACGUAGAUUUCAAUCCAAAUCUGCCUCCUGCUGUGUUUCCCACUUUGGAGCUGCCCCAGGCGUUGACCCCGGUCAACCAGGAAAACGGGGAUGCCCAGGAUAGAACUCCAGUGAUGACUUCUCAAGGCAUCCAGAGGGGAGACCAGGAGCUUGACGAUAUUCUGGAGAGCGACUGGAUGGGCUUCGAUUCGGAAGUUCCAAAUGACGUGGAUCCCAGUCUGGCUUCGAGUCCUGAAGACUGUGACAGCAGCGUUGAUUGGUCUGACUCGGAUUCGGAAUGGGAUACAACCGCCGAGUGUAAUCCCAUCGACGAUCCUAGAUGGAGCGACCUUUCCGUGCGGCUUCAGGUCGAGAUCUUCGAGAAUCUCCUUCAAGUGUACACCGAGAAGGCGGUCUUCAAGAAGCUUGGCCUCAACGGCGACGCUAUGAGAGAGAUCCAUGAACAUAGAUCUCUUCGCAACAAACAGAUCCGGCAUGAGAAUAAGAUGCUGGGUAAAAUGCGUACCAAGCAGCUCAAUGCACUCCUGCAGCUUGACAACAGCGAGCGGAAGCUGCAUAGGGUGCCCCCCCAGCUUGUAUUUCGCAAGAUCUCCAGACAGCAGACGCGCAAGAUCAAAGAUUUGACGGAGUUCGACUGGCAGCUGUGUCAGGCAGGAGAAUUAUACACGGCGAGACGGUAUCUUGAGCUUCGAGAGAUAGACCCAAAGCAUGUUGGCACUUGGACCAACAACGUGGUCAACAUGCAGACUCCUCGGGAAAAUAACAAGUUCGACGCCCUUUUCGAGUGGAAAGAGUUUGUCCUGGACGAGUCGCUGGAUCCAAUCUUCGAAGAAACUCCAAGAGCACAAGAGCCAACAGUUUUCGAUUAUGAGAUCGAUUCUCAGCGCACUAUUUCUGAAUCCCCUAAUACCCAAAAUGGCGAUAGUGCGUCAUGCAGUCCGAACGUAAGUAAUCCCAACCCACAGGAGAAUUCCAGGCCCAUCUUGGACACCCUCGGAGGAAGAGGAUAUACAGAAAACUAUGUCGCUGGCCGUCCCCUUUCCAUAAUGGGGAUCCCCAGAAAGUCGACCCUGAGAGCGGAUCCGAACUAUGAAGCAGGGCUCGGCCUGGACUUCAAGAUCCAAGGAGAUAAUUUGUAUUCCCCAACGACAGGUUUGCUCCGUCUCCAGAUCGGACCUCAGGGUGAAGCAUUUCUCAACACCGUGGACGGAGGCGAGCAGCCCAGUUCAGGAUUAGCCCCCGAUGGCAGUACAGACACUAUUCAUGAUCAUGGCCUAGAACCAGUCCUUGAUGACAGCCCUGGAACAAUCUCCGCUGGGUUUAGAUGGAUUUCAUUGAGCCCGUCGCCUUUGGACAAAAUGAGAUUGAAUAGAUCACCCAGCCCACUAACCGUGGAUACCCAUCUUUUGACUAUACACCCAGAGCCAGUUAUACGGUCCAGUUCUUUGCUCGGAUGGCCUAACCAGUCACUGGCACGGACUAGUCGGCAGUCUGCAAGGUCUAGACAGUCAAGGGUGCGGACUAGUCAGUCGACGACAAAGCCCAGCCAGUCAACUGGACAAUCCGGCCGAUUAGAACAUGCAAUUGGCCAGGUCAUAGACAAACCGAUCAUCAGGAAGCUUCCCCCCCUUGGAAUAUUUCACCCACCCCGUCGACUUGACAUAAAAAGCUUGGCUGAUCUGGCAGCUAAAUCAAGGCUCAACCCUGACAGAAGAGCGAGAGACAGCUCCGAUACUUCCCUGUCUUUUCGGGAGGCCACUUCUUCCAUGAGGUACCGACAAAAGAUUGAAGAGGCGAGGAUCCAGAGUGAGAGAGAAAGGAUGGAAAAGAGGGAAAGAGAAGAGGGCGUUGCCCCUACAGUUCUUCCACGUCUGGUUGACAACGAAGACUGGAAGCCUGGUAGACCUCUCACUCGUAUUAGCUGGACGCCGUCACCCCAAAGGGGAAGCCAGUCCUCCCUUAAGACUUCAGAGUUGUUUUCGGGCAAACGAAAGGAGAGGCCCGGUUUCUUCGUCCCUCCGGGUUCCAAUUUGACCUGGGGCAGCCCGCUUGAGCCCGUGAUACUCCGCCCUCAGGUCUCCGGUGUCCAGGUCCCCAAUGCCCCCGUCUUAGCUGCCCAGCUCCCCCAUACCCUGGCCCCUUCUGCCACGGUACCCAGUGCUGAUGACCUUCCAGUGAACGAGAUGAAUAUUCGAGAGCCAGUUGCAGAGUGGAAUGAGAUACCUACCCUGUUUGAUGAGGACCCCUUUUCUCAGUUCCAGUUUCACGGGGACGAGGUGAUGUUUGAGGAUGAGGCAGCAGUGGAAAAGGAGAUUUUGGAGCAAGACGACAGAGAGUGGAUGAGUUGGAUUAAUCGACCCGCUUCCUGGUCCCCGGAUGAGACCUCUGGCGACCAUUCUCAGCAGUGGUGA